AUGAGUGAUAUUUUGUCUCAAUAUAAGGGAUGCUCAAUCCAAAAUUUACCCACACCCAGCUUUAUUAUCGAUGAGGAAAAAUUUGAUCGAAAUUGUACAGCAAUGUUGAACAAUGUCGAGAGCCUGAGCCAACAAUCUGGGCUGCCAAUCAAGUUUCGUGCUCAUGUGAAGACUCAUAAAACGGCAAAAGGCACUUUAAAGCAAUUGGGCCAUGGUCUACCAUUAGCUAAGCGUACCACAAAAGCUAUCUUAGUCUCUACUUUAAAGGAGGCAGUCGAACUUUUAGAUUACCAAGACAGACAGUGCUUGGAUUACAUUGAUGAUAUAUCAUACAGCUUGCCUUGUUGUGUUCCCGAGUUUAUUCCUCUUUUGAGCAAUCUGUCAAGAAGAGUGGAUAAUUUUCAAGUGUUUGUGGAUAAUAUAGAGCAUUUAGAAAACUUGAGAAAAUUUGGGAGACCUGCUUCAGGCAAGAAAUGGUCCAUAUUUAUCAAAGUUGAUAUGGGGACCCAUAGAGCAGGCCUUGCUUACGACUCCUCCGAAUUUUUGAGCCUUUUGACAAAGUUGGCUUCACCAGAAAUCAAGGAAGUCGUCGAGCUAUAUGGGUUUUACGCACAUGCGGGACAUAGUUACUCUUCAACCACCAUCAACGAUACUCAGGCUCUUUUGAUUGAAGAAAUAAAAGCAGUAAAUAAGGCUACCCAGGCCAUGUGUUCUGUAGAUUCGGAACUUGACGCCUCAAAAUUAACUUUGUCUGUAGGGGCUACACCAACCUCAAAUUCGUUAAAGCUUGAUAAUAAAAGUUCCCUUAUCAAAUUAAUUACUGAGGAACUAACAGGUCAACUUGAAAUACAUUGCGGCAAUUAUUGUAUGUAUGACCUGCAACAGGUGGCAACAGGAUGUGUCCAAGAUUAUGAAAUAGCCGGUUUUGUACUGGGAACAGUUUUAUCAUCGUAUCCUUCGAGAGGUGAAAUGUUGAGUAACACAGGUGUGAUGAGUCUAUCAAGGGAAGCGUCUUCGAUAAAAGGGUUUGGCAUUUGUGUGGAUUUGCAACAAGUUUUAAAAUUCAAGGAAUACAGUAGAGAAUGGUAUGUUGCUAGAGUUUCUCAAGAGCAUGGCAUAUUGAAGCCAACAAGGAGUUGGAAUGAGGUCACUCCAUUAAGUUUAGGCACUAAAUUUGCUAUCCUUCCUCAACACGCAUGUAUCACAAUGGGUCAAUUUGAAAAUUAUUUUGUUGUUGAUAGCAAAGGAAUUGUCACCGAUGUUUGGGCACCUUUCCAAAAAUGGUGA